CAUGUAUAGUACAGUAGUACCGAUAAUGGAUAUGGACGGCAUAAUCAUGUUUAUUAAGAAAUGAAAAGAAAUCUCUGAAUCGGAUAAUUUCGACUAAAAUUUUUGGAUAAUAUAGCAGUAUUGUGGAUUAACUUUAUUUUGGAUCGAAUCGUGCAAUACAUUCUACACUACUGACACUUCACCAUGGGCGAUUGCUUUCCUGAAAAAGUACCAGAGGAAACAAGAUAUAUCACAGCCAAUGAUCCUGAAUACAAUGCUCAAUUCAACUAUAAGAAAAACAAGAUCAUCACAUCAAGAUACACCGUUCUCACUUUUCUACCUUUGAAUUUAUUUCAACAAUUUCAAAGAGUUGCUAAUGCUUAUUUUUUGAUGCUUUUGAUUCUCCAGUUAAUUCCUGCAAUAUCUUCAUUGAGUCCCAUAACAACAAUUAUUCCGUUAGUUGUUGUAUUAUCUGUGACAGCCGUUAAAGACGCUGUAGAUGAUUUUCAUAGACAUCAAAGUGAUGACGAAAUAAACAACAGAAAAACAUUAACCUUAAGAAAUGGCAAAUUGGAAGAAGUAAAAUGGAUGGACAGUUGUGUUGGUGAUUUAGUAAAAUUAGAAAAUAAUCAAUUUGUGACAGCUGACAUACUUUUACUUUCAAGCAGUGAUGAAAAUAACCUCGUUUAUAUUGAAACUGCUGAACUUGAUGGAGAAACAAAUUUGAAAGUGAAGCAGGCAAUACCGGAUACUGGAAUGAUUGGAGAUGACAUCAGGGAACUAUCCAAAUUCAAUGGUGAAAUAACUUGUGAAUCUCCAAAUGAAAUUCUCCAUAAAUUUGGUGGUAAAAUGCAAUGGAACGACCAGGAAUAUCCUUUGGACAAUGAAAAGAUUCUUCUCAGAGGAUGCAGAGUUAGGAAUACUGAUUGGUGCAUUGGAAUUGUCAUUUUCGCUGGACCCGACACGAAGCUUAUGAUGAAUACAGGAAAAACUAUUUUGAAGAGAACGAGUAUUGAUAGAUUGAUGAAUACAUUAGUUUGGAUGAUUUUUGGAUUUCUUCUCACACUCGCAACAACCUGUGCAAUUGGGAACACAAUAUGGGAAUCACAAAUUGGAAUUAAAUUCACACUCUACCAACCUUGGGAAGAUUAUAUCACAAAUAUAUACAUGUCAGGAUUUCUUGCUUUUUGGUCAUAUAUUAUUAUUCUCAACACAGUUGUGCCUAUAUCAUUAUACGUAAGCGUGGAAGUUAUCCGUCUUAUGCAAUCAUGGUUUAUAGACUGGGAUAGACAGAUGUAUUAUGGCAAGAAGGAUCUGCCUGCCCAUGCAAGGACGACUACUCUGAAUGAGGAACUGGGACAAAUAGAAUAUAUUUUCUCUGACAAAACUGGUACCUUGACUCAGAAUGUCAUGGUUUUUAAAAAAUGUUCGAUCAACGGAAAAAGUUAUGGAAGUUUGUACGAUAACCAGGGAAACAGGAUUCAACCAGACGAGACAACUCCAAUCGUUGAUCUAUCUUUCAACUCAUAUUACGAGAGAAAAUUUGUCUUCCAUGACCAAGACCUCGUUGAUAAAAUGCGAUCUGAUGAUGAACAUUGCCAUAAUUUCUUCAGACUAGUUGCCCUGUGUCAUACUGUAAUGCCGGAGAUAAAGGAAGACGAAAGUCUCGUCUACCAGGCUCAAUCUCCUGAUGAAAAUGCUCUUGUUUCUGCAGCAAGGAAUUUUGGAUUUGUUUUCGUAUCGAGGACUUUUAACACGAUCACUGUGAAAGAGAUGGGAAAUGACGUUGAAUAUGAAGUCCUUGCCAUUCUUGAUUUUGACAACGUAAGAAAAAGGAUGUCCGUAAUUGUUAGAAGUCCUGCUGGUCAAAUCACUCUAUUCUGUAAAGGAGCAGAUUCAGUUAUUUAUGAAAGAUUAAAAGCUGAUGAAAAUGCAGAAAUGAACGAUCUAACUUCCGAACAUUUGGAAGAUUUUGCUACUGACGGUCUCAGAACACUUUGUCUUGCAAUGAAAAAACUGGAUCCAGAAGUGUACGAUGUUUGGAAAGUUAGUCACCAAGAAGCUUUAACUGCAAUUGACGAUCGAGAUGACAUGUUGGCAGCGGUUUAUGAAGAAAUUGAGAGAGAUAUGACGUUACUUGGAGCAACUGCUAUAGAAGAUAAAUUACAGGACGGAGUACCAGAAACGAUUGCUAAUCUAACUCGUGCAAAUAUCAAGAUCUGGGUUCUGACAGGAGAUAAACAAGAAACCGCAAUUAAUAUCGGUUACUCUUGCAAUAUGUUGACUGAAGACAUGAAAGAUGUGUUUGUGAUCAGUACUGGCUCUUUGGAGGAAGUACGAGAGAGUAUAGAGAGUGCCCUCAGUGAUAUCAGGGAUACGUCAGCGAAUCAAAAUGAUGUUCAAGGAACGACAAGUACAGAGGAAUUUGUAUCAGUAUCCAACAGUGCAAACACAAUGCUAAAUGAAGAUGCGAAAUAUGGACUCGUCAUUAAUGGAUAUAGUUUGGCACAUGCGUUGCUUCCUGAGCUUGAAGAAUUAUUCUUGGAGUUGGCGACAUUCUGUUCUACAGUAAUCUGUUGCAGAGUGACUCCGUUACAGAAAGCUCAAGUUGUUGAACUCGUCAAAAAAUAUAAAAGUGCGGUCACUUUGUCGAUUGGUGAUGGAGCUAAUGAUGUCAGUAUGAUUAAAGCUGCCCACAUUGGAGUUGGAAUCAGUGGAGAGGAAGGAACGCAGGCUGUGUUGUCUUCAGAUUUUUCAUUUGGUCAAUUCAGGUAUCUUGAAAGACUUUUACUGGUUCAUGGUCGUUGGUCAUAUAUGAGAAUGUGCAAAUUUCUCGGAUAUUUUUUCUACAAAAAUUUUGCCUUUACACUCGUGCAUUUCUGGUAUGCCUUUUUCUGUGGAUUUCAAGCGCAGUCGAUAUACGACGCAUGGUUGGUGACAUUAUACAACGUCGUUUAUACAUCUAUGCCAAUUAUCGUGUUGGCACUGCUGGACCAGGACUUGAAUGAUGCAUACUGUAUACGAUUUCCUAAAUUAUAUUUACCGGGUCAGAAGAAUGAAGGAUUUAACAAGAAAAUUUUCUUUCUAAGUAUUGUCCGAGGAAUUCUGACAUCACUUGUAUUGUUCUUCUUCACCUAUGGAGCUUUUCACACUAACAGUGCAACAGAUGGAGCAGACAUUACUAAUGUACAAAGUGUUGGAACUGUUAUUGCAACGAGUCUCAUUAUUAUCGUGAAUUUGAAAGUUGGUAUGGACACUCAGUACUGGACACCAAUUAAUCAUUUUUUUGUUUGGGGAAGCAUUGCCAUAUUUUUUGUGAUGUCAUUUGCCUUGUACAGUGAUGGUUUGUUCUACUUGUCCCCUGAAACUUUUCCUUAUAUUGGAGCUGCCAGGAACACAAUGAAUGAUGGUAACAUGUGGUUCACAGUACUCUUGACAACUACUGUUUGCGUUCUACCUGAACUUGCAAUCAAAUUGUUCUAUGAAAUGCUUUACCCUAGCUAUAAUGAGGAGAUUUUAAAGAAACAAGUCAAGGAUAGGAAACUGCGUAAAAAGAAAACUAAAUCAUCAACACUCAGUGAGUUAGCAAAAUUCAAAAAUCAUUUCUUGAUUAAAAGAAAAGGAUCAAAUCGCCCCCGUUCGGGGUACGCAUUUUCACAUGAAAAAGGCUUCGGAGACUUGAUCACAACAGGACGUAUGAGCAUGAGAAAUAAGAGCCAAAGUGCACAUGGUACUCCAAAAAGUGAGAACCGUUCUGAACACAUACCAGUUACUGAAGAACUUCACGAAGCAACAAAUGCAGAAAAUAUCCCUAAAAAUGGAGACAUUACCCAAAAGGGGGUACAAAAUUCUGAUUCCUAUCAUACAGCUGUUUCUGAUAGCAAUAAAAAACAAGAACAUCCGACUGAAACAUACAGGAAAUUGGCAGAAUAAUUUAUUGUUUUUUACACCAUGUUGCCUAAUGCUAUAUUCUGUCCGAAUGUUAAUAUGAAAAUAGGCCAAAGAUGGUGAAUAUUAAUUAUUCUAGAUCAAAAGUAACCUCAAAAAUUGUUCCAUAUAUGUUAUCAUGUAGCACGAGUUAUUAUUAAACACUGUAUUAUAAAGUCAGAAGAGAAGUGAACUGUGCUAUAAAGAACUGUGAAUCUGACUUGCUUGUUUUUUUUUUGGCACAUUCCUCAGUGUGUACCGGUAUAUGAUUUUAAGGGGCUCCCGAAGUAUGCGAACCAAAAUGGCGGACAUCGGAAUGUAAUAUAUGUACUAGGUUAGGGUUAGGCCAUAAUUUUAG